UGUUCUCUGCUUGUUAAACAUUUGCCUAAUGCUCUCAGCUGUAACAAAUUGAUGAAACAUUCCAAUUUAAAUGAUUAUUGUAGUUUAAGUCUUUAUUUCAAUGGUUUAUGUUUAUAUUUAAGGUUUGCUUUGGUUUCCAUUGGUUACUAAUAUUGUUGAUGACGUCAGAGAUCAACGCAAAUUUGUUUAUCAGCGCGAGCAAGUGCCGGAGUUACUAGUUUGUAUUCACGAUUACUUUUACAUUUGCGCUUUGCAAAAAAGUACCAUAAAUACUUUUUUUAGUAUUUUAGUAAUAAAGUAAGUAGGUGACUUUAGUAUAGUUUCACAUCAUGGGACAAGUUAACUGUGGAUGUUUGGGCCACGAGACGUCAGAUCCGGAAUGCAACCAAACACUGGAGCAAUGUUGGGAGCAAGAUCAGAGAGGAGCACAGCGUCAAGAUGACUCCACACCGACAAGUUCCAGACAUGACAAGAAAAUGAGGAAGAUCAAGAAAAGAUACUCCAUAACAGAGCAAGAGGGAGUGAUCUCAGAGAAUCUGGAGGUGAGCACAUCUGAAACAAAGACUGAAAGUAUUCGAGAGAGAAAGAAAGCCAGGGAAGGUAGGAGAGAGAUGAGGAAGAGAGAGAGAAAGACAGAUGAUGCUGAAGGUAUAAGGAGAGAGUCAACACUGAAACCGCUGGUGAAAAACUCUGCUUCAGUACCUGUGAGGUCAAAGAAAGCCAAGAAAAGAGCCAAACAUUCAGAGCAACAUGUGAACGUAUCGGAACAAAAGAGAGAUAUGAAGAAGAUGCAGACUGACAACAAAACAAGUCCUGCAGUUCACAGAAAGUCUAGGAAAGAAUCCAGAGAUGCUUCUCCAUUGAACAUCGAUACCUUGACACUUUCACUAUCUCCUCCACCGAUACAAGUCGCUCCAUGCCCACCAGCUGAGAGAAUAAAAUCCCGUCAACCAUCAAGGCUGGAACCGCUGGUUAUACGUGUUGAUCCUCAACCUUCUACUGCAACACCUGAGAGAUCAAAGGUGAGACGUUCAAGGAGGAACCAGAGGAAGGAAGCUGAAAACAUGUAUCAUGAAGUGCCUAAACCGCUGGCGAUACUUGUGGAUCCUCAACCCGCAGCUGCAUCACCUGAGAGAUCAGAGGAGAGACUUUCAGUCAAUAAACUGAAGAAGGGUGAAAAGAAAACGGAUCAUGAAGUGCCUGAACCGCUGGUGAGACGUGUUUAUCCUAAACAAUCAACUUCAUCACCUGAGCGAUCAAAGAUGAGACGUUCAAGGAGGAAAGUGAUGAAGGAAGCUGAAAACAUGGAUCCUGAAGGGUUUCGUCGAUCUGCCUCACCCGACCCGAAUCCUGAACAGACGGAGGUGACAAAAUAUGAAGGUAAGAGAAAGUAGGUGAUGUAUGACAAGAUGAAACUAAAAACAUCAACACUCACUUCAUCUCCUUUGCCAAUAUCAGCUGGUCCACCAACACCAGCUCCAACAGCUGAGAGGGUAAAUUCCCAUCAUUCAUCAGUGCCUG